GGUCUUGUCUUGCCUCUUCGGUCCUCAGCUGCGGUGCUUUGAGAAGUGGAUGUGGAUUCUGCUUCUAUACACCCACGUUUGAAACACGGCGAGAUACCUGGCCACUGCUGCUCAUGCACUCAAGACCAAAGCGAUCGCCGGUAUCGGGCGCCGAGAAUCGAAGACCUUCUUUGGGUUGUAGCUAAUUUGCUAUCUCUUGUCUCUAUCAGCCAUGUCUACCGCCGUCCACGCCCAUCCCGACUCCGCAUCAUACUCUCACUCCGGCUUUGCCAACAAGAUUGGUUGGGGGGCCCGCCCUGCACUUCUCAUCAUCGACGCCUGCCUCGCAUACUGGACACCCGGCUCCCCACUCGACACGACCUCCAACCCCGCCAGCGCUCGUGCCCCAGACUCAAUGAAGCGGCUCCUUGACGCCGCGCGGGCGGGCGGUGUGUCCGUCGUCUGGACGCGCGUCGUCUAUGAUGCACACGGCGGGAUGCAGGACGCGGGCAUCUUCUGGCGCAAGACCAAGUCGCUUGACAUUUUCCAAACGGGCGACGAGCGCGGGCUCGGCGGCUGGGUCGCUCACGCGGGUCUGGUGCCGCUGGAGGACGAGACGGUGGUGGACAAGAAGUACCCCAGCGCGUUCUUCGGGACAGACCUGGCGACGCGGCUGCAUGUGCUGAACGUUGAUACGCUUGUCGUGUGCGGAGUGAGCACUAGCGGGUGUGUGCGAGCGUCUGUGCUUGACGCGAUGCAAUAUGGGUAUCGCCCGAUGGUCGUCGACGAGGCGUGCGGUGAUCGUUCGCCUCAGAUCCACAACGCCAACAUGUUCGACAUGAAUGCCAAAUACGCUGACAUCGUGUCGGAGGAGGAGGCGAUACAGAAGCUGGCCGCUGGAUGGAGCUAGACGCAGUACCAUACUGCUUCUGCUGUAGUCUUCAAGGCUUGCCAGGCCGGGGCGCUCGAGCUGGCCAGAGAUGAAACCAAUGGAAUCGGCGUCUUGAAAGCAAGUACUGGCAUGAAUCGACUAUCCCGUUUGUAGAUUCACCGUCAAUCUGCACAGAAUCUCCGAGAGGCAGAUGCUCGCACGCUAGAACACUGUUCUCUGCAGAAGGUGGAAGGUUACCCCCGAUGACCGUGCAACUCUGGGCAGCAGUUGAUCUCGGAACCAGGAUUGGCGGGAAGCAUCUGGGUCCAUGAUGGGACAUUGAUGUUGGGGGAGUGCAGAAGCCUUACAGAAAGAGCUUCAAUGCAGAAACAGAGAGAAGAGCAGGAGAGGCAGCCCAAGCGGCAAGGGACUUUUGCUCGUUCCAUAUACCUCUCAAUUUCCUCUUCUCUACGCUGCGACCGCAUUCUUAAAGUGACCCCGACUUGCUCUGUGGCGUCAAAUCCCAGAGAAACCUCGGCCGACAGACUGAGUUUGCCACCCUCAGAACAAGCGCCAGCAACGAUCGAUUAUGCCACUUAGAGUGUUGUAUAUCAAUUUGCAUGCUUGAAACGUGCCUUUCGGAGAAGACGCUCACAAAGCCAAAUCCCGUCUAGAUGCGAUAGAAUCCAUGUCGAUGAGGAAGGAACGAGUUACCAAGAGUCUGUUCCCUUUGUGAGCUGUUGUCGAUGCCAAUGGCUCAAUCAAUGCGCGCGGAUGAGUAUCGGGGAUUGACCUUUGUUACCAGCGUCGCGGCCCCGAAGCCGUGAUAGUUAUCCUCUGGAAACC